AUGAUCAACGUCUCUGAUCACAGAUUAUUCAAUAAUUUUUCGGCGUGUCCUUGUAGCUACUGCAGGAAAGCGUUCUCUUCAUUAAUUUCUUCAAGCUUUUUCCCGACUGGAGUUCGUGGCUUAUUAAGAUCUCGUCCGGCUGUGACCAAAUUCUGCGAAUCUCGCCCUUCACCCACUUUGCGACGAGAUGAAAAGCUUCGCGGUUUUGCACGUUCCGUACAGGAAAUCACUGAAUCCGAGGAGGAGGAGGAAUCUGCGAUAACGACGUCACGAGAUACACUUCGCUCUCCAUUUGUGCUCGUGGAUUCCCCAUUUUCCCAAAGACGUUGUUCUUCUCUAUCAAGUCCCUUGACAACAAGAAAGUGUUUGGUUCCCCGACUGGCCCGCGGUCUUUCUGACCCAGGAGUGCGCCGCACAAGUUUCGGGAAUCAGCCGCUUAGCCCCAAAUUUCAAGAUGAUUCACUCGGUUUACCACCCAUCCCGGAAGCUACCACUCCCAUCACGCCAGUGUCACAAAAUGUAGAAGAGGAAAAAUGCAACGGUAAAUGA